GUAUAUUGAUUGUGCGAGGGGGCCGGGGCAAGGAGGGGGCCACGGCGUGCCCCACUCUGUUUUUUACGACACGGCUUUCUGUGUAACAUAAUAAGUAUUUAAAAAUUUUUGUGAAAUGUUUCGGUGUUAUUUGUAAAAAUUCGGGAAGUGGAAAUUAGGAAACGAGAUGCAGGGGCUGGUGAGUGACAAGACGUUCCACCUCAAGUGGAACAACCACCUGCAGAACCUGAGCCAGCUGUUUACGACGAUCUAUUCGUCGUCGGCGCUCGCAGACGUAACUCUGUCAUGUCGCGAUGGCACCCUCAAGGCUCACAAGCUGGUCCUUUCGGCUUGCAGCCCUUACUUCGAACAAAUUUUCAAGGACAAUCCAUGUCAGCAUCCAACAGUGAUAUUGAAGGGUAUACCUUUCUCGGAGAUCAAUCUGUUGGUAGAGUUUAUGUACAAGGGAUCGGUGGAUGUUCAAGAGUUGGACUUGCAAUCUUUGAUGCACACAGCCUCUGAGCUAGAGAUCAGAGGACUGGCAUAUGAGGCUCGUGAUAAUGCUGCACAGUUACUGAAUGUGAAUUUAGAAUACCCUGCCUACACACAGACAACAACCACCUCAACUGUCACAACAUCACAAUCAUUUCAACAAAACCGUACUGAUGUCGAGAGAUUAAAACAGAUUCACAUGUACCAACAGUCCAUGAUGCGGGCUGAAGAAGUGCGCAGGCGGCGCAGAGAAGACAUGCCAACAACACAAACGGCUGUCAACAAUAUUUUAGCUGCAGCAGCAAGGGAGAUGGAAGAGGCAAGACAAGCGACCAGGACUGAUAGAGUUGUCGCUAGCAUCCAGACGGAACAGGAUAGCAAUACAUCAACAGCUACACCGUCAGACGUGAAACGCGAGUCCGAAGACGAGAGGCCAAAGAAGAGAAUCUCGAUUAUGUCACCUGAUGAUGAGAGGAUGAGAGCGAAAAAGAAGAUGACUGUGCGCUUCCAGGACGAGAAGAUGGAAGAACCCAAUAAGGUCACUUCACCCAAUGCAACAAAUAAUGGCGAGCCAAAAGAAGACAACAAACAGGGCGGUAUAAAAGUUGUGCAGUUGGCUGUUUUACAGAAACCCACCAAUAACGAACACGACGAUUCUGAUGAACGAGGUAAAGCGAUGGACGAGGAAGAAGAAACAGAUUCAAGUGGUUCCGUAUCUGAUGCUGCUGCCAAUGAUUCGCAGGAUGGAAGGCCGUAUGCAUGUGAUAUUUGUGAUGUUAGGUUCGCCCGUUCAUCCCAUUUGUCACGACAUCGUCUUACGCACACCGGUGAGCGUCCGUAUACGUGCGGCGGUUGCGGACGUUCGUUCGCUCGCUCCGACAAACUGCGCGUACACACUAAGAUCUGCGAGCGGGUACGUAUUCAUGAAGACCCAACAGUGGAUAUGGCAAACGAACAGCCGGUUGUCAAACGCGAGGACAACUCCGAAGUGAUGUCAGGAAUGGUCCGUUCCACGCAUCGCGAGUCCAGCCAUCUUGUUUUCACGCCCAGCGGUGACGUCAUGCUGCCCCCGAGAACUACUCCAGUGAUUUUAAACUCCACACUGGAUGCUAGGAACGAUGCUGAUCUCUCUGAUCCUCCGAGACGGGGCCGCGGUAGACCCAGGAAGACCCCGCUGCCUUUGACCCCCAAGGUCAAGAAGCGACGAGGACGCCCGCCAAAGACGUCUCUUGACAUGGAAGGAUGUGUACUAACAAGUGGUACCGUGAUGGGUCCCAGCCCCCAACAUAUGUCUGCUCUGUCCCCCGCGGGCCAACAGCUGCUGCUGAAGAGGAAACGAGGUCGCCCACCCAAGAACUACCUCAUACCCAACAGACCUGGUAUGGAUAUGACAAUACCGAUGCAGUACGGCCUAGCUGCUGAGAUAAACAAAUUUUACGGCCGACCGAACGAAAACUACAACGCGACCAACCUGCCAUUCGGAGACUUCUCCUAUUUAACGGAAAUGAUGUACAACCCUCUCGCGUACUCUUACGGCGUGACCAGCGUCGACCCGGACCGGAACAUCGACGCCGACCACAUGGCGUCCGAGACCCACGACAGGACCAUCGACGUGUCGGACUCCUCCAGCGACGAGGAAGACUCGAGGGUGGAGCCCGAGGAGAACGUCCCCCCGGUCGGCUGCGAGACCCAAAUCAUGACGGUAGGCGACUGUCAAAUCGUGAAACUACCCGCAAACGAGGACAAAGAGGACAAAGAUCAGGCGCAGAUGGAUGCGAACGUGUCGGUCUCAACUCCCAGCUCAGUCACGAUUACCCCGAUCACCACCGUGGGCGAUUGUACCAUACGCCCGGUUGAGAACACAUAAUCCACACCUGUUUACCCCAUCAUAGUCAUACGCUAUGUUGUUCAGUAGUCUGGACUUUUUGGGGAUUCUCGAGUUUUGAGUGCUGUAAAGACAGUUCUCGGAACGUUUGGGUUAGAAGGACCCGAAUCUUUCGCGUCCUUUGUGGGACGAGUCCGGACUACUUUGAAAUUUUCCAUUUUCCUCUCUGUCUUCCCUUAUUAUACUAUGUGGGGUAGACGUAUUAUUGUGGUAGCAUAAAGUUGGGUCUUCGUCAAUGUGCUUGUAGCGUAUGCUAGAAUGUCUUCCUAUUAUUAAUAAGUGGAUGUCUCGAACAAUUUAGAACCUAACGUUGCCAGCUUAACCACUAAUGGUAGAAAUUUCCCCAUUUUUGAAAGUUGCUAUUCGGUUUUAGAUUUACGAUGUUUUAUUGUAGAAAGCGGAGCGGUGUCGCCCACGAAUGCUACUACAAUGAUAAUAUUAGAUUAAGUGUAGAUGCAUUUAAAUUGGAAUAAUUUAUUGGAUCUUGAGAUUUGAUCACGAAAGCUUUACACGGCUUCGGAACGUUUGGCGUCGGGGACUCUCUCUUUAACGGGACAAAAUGGCGGAGUGCGUUCCCGACGCGAAACGGACCGACGCGUCGAAACAAAGAUACUCAGUCGACACAAUUGGUUCGGAACAAGAAGUCACAAGCGAACAGUGUUUUAUAUGAAAGCGAAUCCGCCUGGUCCGCCAGAGUUGCCAUAGACUAUUUUUAUUUGAAUCACAGAGUUCUCGUAUAAGACACUGUUUUUAUAGUAAGUAUAACUAUUUUGCGAUACUCUACAGAUGAGUCAUAUUUACCGCGUAUUUUAAUGGAAUUAGGUAGGAAUUCUCGGUUGCCUUCGAUGUGGUUCUCGGUGUGACUAUGGGCGCGCGGCCUAUUUCGGGGAGAUUUUUAGCUUUAAUAAUGAAAAAGAUUCACUUCCCUUCCGACGUUUCCUUCGGUCAACGCCUCGAGCGACGGACGUAAUUUUCGUGGAUCUGAUUUAUUUUCUAGUGAUCCGUACCAGACUUAAUAUAGUAGUUUUGUAACGUAGAUUGGCCGUCUAUUUACGAAUUAUCCGUAUAUAUUGGAUGUGUAGUAGCACAGCUGUAUCGCCUUUAUCUUAUCUUUGUGAAUAGCGAGUAGCGUGUAGUGAUUAGGUAUUUGAAAAAUUCUAAAAUGUAACACCACACGAACAAGUGAUACGUUCGCUAAAUAUUUUUAGUCGGACAUAAUUUAAUGACAUAUAUUUCUCUAAUCGUUUAUGCCUGUAUGUGUAAUCUUAGUACGUAAUUCGAUUUCUCGCGGGAAUGUCGCCAUCUUGGACGACCGUCAAUGUCAACGUCAAACACGACCUGUCAAACGAGUUGACGUCGGGCGCAUUGGGUCGCAAAUGUAUAUUCUGACAGCUAUCCAGUCAUUGAUGCUGUUAAACAGUCGAUUGGACUUUAAUUAAGUUUCUUGAGUUCCUUUACACGCUUUGCUAUGUGUGUGAUGGCUUCUUUAAAUCUUUUACAAUUAACAUUUUUCAAAAUUAGCCAUAAAAAUAAGUAAUUGCUUAUACAUGACUAUUCGAUUAUAGUAGUCGCAUUAUGAACUGAGUCUUCGGGCCAUAAAUCAUAUUUAACUGUCUGUCUCGCUCGCACUUACAGGUCUUAUGGAAAGGUGUAGUAAUGUGCGUAAGAAUUGUAGAGGUGCAUAUCGAUAACGGGAUAGGUACGAUCGAUAUGCUAAACUAUGUUAAGUAUUAAUAGGAAUAAUUUUUCGAAAAUAAAAGUUUUUAUUUGUAAGAUAAAUGUCACCAUUUAAUUUCUUCAAAACCACGUUAGAAAAGCCUCCAUUGUGCGUAACGAAGCGUAAUUAAUGUGUCAUAAC